ACACUAGAAUGGACUCUUCCUCUUUACGAAGUGUAUAAUACAGAAAUCAACUGGCCCCGUGUAGAAAAUGAAGCGCUUCGCUUCCACUACCAGCAACUGAACGUUCAAGUUCACGCCGUCCAACAAGAAAACGAGCAAAAAAUAGAAAAAAUACAAAAUGGCAACGUUUUUACAACAGCAAGAAACAACUUUGGCAACUUUUAAAGUCGGCGAGAAAUGAAAAACGACAAAAAAUCAAGAAACUGGUAAUUCAAUCAUUACCUGCUCUGGAUGAGUUCAAGCCAGUGGAGGUAAGCUGAUGUCCUUUUCUUCUGUUCAGAUAUAAUAAGUUAAAGAUAUAUUUUUGCAUUAAGAACGGAGGAAGAAUUCCACAGACUUGUUCUUUCAUAACCUCAGGUACACAUAUCAAAAUGUGCCUUUGAAAUCAAAUUUUGGUUAAAAAGUAUCCUCUACCAAAAGAUCCUGCAAGACAAGUAGCACUGGUGUAAAAACGGUUUGCUUUGGUUCAGAUUAAAUUUGACGUUCAGGGUCAAGAGGUAAUCAUUCCUCUGUCAGAAGAAGACAGCAGUGAAGAGCUGGAGCCCACAUCAUGUGAAACUACCAAGAGAGUGCUGGUAGCGAAAGACAGUGGUCUGAUAUCAGAUGAGGCGUAUCAUGAGUUAAGAAUGUCCUUGCCAGAAGACCAGCGUUUUGCCUUACCACCGUUCAGUGCUGUAAAACAAGAAAGAAACAAGCAGAAUGAAAUUGUUAAUAUUAAAUCAAUACCUGAAGUAUAUUCUAAUUAUCUUCUUUAAAUACAAGUGCUAGGAUCUUUCUGUGGUCUUUAUGUAAUACAGGGUUUAAAAAACCAUAAAUUGGGGUUUCAGUACACAAGAUUAAUGUAGAAACAGAAAAAUAAUGAUCAUUUCUUAAACAAACAAAAAACAUGUAUUUUCAUGGUUUAUUUCUAACUAGCAUGAAAAAAAAAUUAAAAAACCGUUCUCAUUUCCAGGCUAAAAAUGGAGAUGGAGCAAGGCGCAGCAUUAAAGAGGUUUUGGAACAGCUCCUGACCAUUUUAAGAGUCAAAAAAGCAGUCCAGUCAAAUGGUAAUAUGAUCAGCCUCCGUUUUGCAGCUGAUGGAAGAAGAACAAGCAACAAAAUUGGUACGGUGAAGGCUGAAUUCAGCCUAAUUGAGGAAAAGGAAAAUGAUUGUGACCACCAGUACUGUGUUGCUUUGUGCAAUAGUAAGUUGUACCUCAGUUUUGUGGACUGUAAGGGGGCUGGUGUUACAUGCAUCACUGAUGCAUAUUUGUAUAUUAAGCAAACUGCAAAAAUGACAUGAUCGGACACUGACAGUUUAAAAUAUUGCUAUUUACACACUAUUAGCCCCGAAAGCAGGGGUGUGCUCUGAGGAAAAUUGAAGGGUGUCUACAUGAGGCAUGUAAAGUGAACAAAAUCAAUUUUCCCCUGACAUUACCGGUACAUAAUGAAGUGAAAAGGUUAUGAGACCUAACAAAAUGAUCACCAAAAAAAGUGCUUUGAUCUUUUAUAAUUAACUCUCUUAUCAGCUACUUCUUUAAGGACAUGUCUGAAAAUCAUUCUAAAGAACUUGUAUUUGUAUUCCUACAGGAAACAAGGACUACAAGGAAGCAAAGGCAUGUCUGGGACCAAUUUUAGAUCAAAUUGACAAUCUCCACGUCAACGGCGCUGAAGUUGACGGUGUUCACUAUUCAGUGAUUUGUUAAGUACAAUACAGGUACAAUGAAGCAGCCACUCUUUAUUUCCACAUUGGCUACAGUCAACUCCCGAUAACUCAAACAUUCUAGGUAAAUUGUCUUUUAGUGUUAGCGUCAGGUUUAAGUUAUCGAGGGCUUGAGUUACCGAGGGUAAAAUUACAGUUAAUGUAUAAAGGAAAUCCAGGGGAAAUCGACUUUGGUUAGAGUUAGCGUGAGGUUUGAGUUAGUGAGGGUUUGGGUUAUUGGGAGCCAACUGUACUCUUAAUGUAAUAUGACUAUUUUAUUGUAAUAUGACCAUUAAAAAUAAAACAAAUUUAAGUAAAUCAUAUCACCAGCCUUUUAGCUUAACCAAGUAAGCACAUCAUACAGUGCUUGUGUUAUGUUGAUAUUAUCUGUUGACCAGAAAUUAAUUUAUGUUUCAUUUUUUGUCUUGUCUGGUAGGUACUGCUGCUCAGAUUGGAAAUUUUUGGCAAUGGUGUAUGGGUAGAAUUCUACCACUGCUUCUGCAUAUGGUGCUAUUGUACCAAGGCAAAAAUUGCCGACUUCACUAGUGAGUUGAAAGAAAUAUACAUACACUGCUAUUACCAUCAGAAAUAGUGUAUUCUUUUUAAAGAUAACCAUGUAUAACAUUUUCUGAACAAAAAACAAAUAACUUACCAAUAUUUGAAAAAGGGCUAAUAUAGCGAUAGCGACCAUGUAUAUUAUAUUUUGUUGUCGUAAUUACUUUUAGUACAAGACUGGCCAAUUGAGAGAACCAUAGAGGCCUGCAGAAGGCAGCAUACUGGAAAACGUUUAGACCAGCGAAGAGGUUUAGUGCAUGAACCCCUGCAGCCAAUUCAAUUUGAACGAGUCAUCAUUGAAACUCUACACCUGUUCCUUCGAAUAAUGGGACUUCUCUUUCACCAGGUGAUCAUAUUUCUAUGUUUAAAAACUUGACCACUUGAAUGACUCUUAUAAAAUGGUAUGACAGGCUUAUGACUAUUUAAUGUUUAUUUACAAAAAAAUCUAAUUUAAAAAUUCAAUACUUAACCAAGAUUAUAUUCUUCAACAAUUUUUCAAGGUGGUUGAGCUUGUUAUCAACAAGAAAGGAAAAGAAGUUCUGGAAAAGCAGUUGGAAGACAUUGGUGUACCCUUCAAAUUCUUUGAAGUGCAACAAGAAGAUGGGCCUUCCCAAACACAAUGGACAAGACUUAAUGGUAAUAAUCCAAGAGCCUUUAUUCAUUAAGGGCUUCUAAUAUCAUGCAAUGAUGCAAUUUCACACAAUUGGCCUAAAAUCACAUCCAAUCACACAAUUUGAGGAAUAAUCACAUAAUUGGUAAAAAAUUGUUCAAUUCAUGAUAAGUAAAGAAUGGUUUAUUUAACUUUCAAUAAACAUUUUUUUUUUUCAAAGAAAAUGAUAUUACAAAGAAAAUACAACGUCAAGGACAAAAAAUGAAAAAUAAUUGGCUAGUUCUACAGUAAAUACAUUGUAGUUAGUAUGAAAUUGUGCAUUUUGACAUUAAGAUUAUUUCAAAUAAAAAAAGGCUGCUGUAUUACUAUUAAUAAACUCAACAACUCACAUUUUAGGUAAAGACCUCCGUAACAUUCUUUACAACUUGGAUCUGAAGCCAGUCUUUGAGGGAAUAGUGACAGAGCGCACGCUUACCUACAAAAAAUGUGAAAAAGUUAUGGAAGGUAAUGAAAAAUUCAUGCUACUUGAGUCCACAAUUUUAAAUGACAUAAUUAUUUUGUCAGUGAUAAACAUAUCUAUAUUCACUUUUCCUUCGCACUUACAAGUAUUUUGCAUUUAGGGAUUUGAUGAGCUCGUGACAGCACUUGAGGCGGAGCCAGGCCAAGAAUGCUACAAACCACCUGACCUGUUCAGGGAGCAAGCACGAAAAUGGGCCAUGUUCUUCCGAGUUGUCCAUUUUGAUGAGGUACAACAUUAUUUAUUAUUCUGGAAGCCCCCUAAAUUUUAACAUGGUUCACUUGUCCCAACACUACGAAAAUUAAUGUUCACUAUCUUGUCGUCUCAACAUAAUCUUGUCUCAUAAUUCAAUAUUUUAUUAUUGAGAACAAUGUAUUGAUACAGUGUGUAUAAUAAUUUUAUUUUUACUGUUUUUCCACUACAGGAUAUACCACCUUAUAUACAUGGUAAGCUAAACACUUCUGGACUUAUUGACUUAAUUGAAAUCAACGGGUGCCGAUAGCUAACUCAAGGAUUAAGUAUUUUAGAGAUUAAAGCUGAUAGUGAACUUGCAAUUACUUUUACAAGUCUACUGGUAUUACUUUAGUCUGUCAAAACAUGGGUCACACCAUGCAAGAUGUCUCUCACAAGGCAACGGCUUUUUUGCUGAUUUUAGUUGGACCCAAUGAGAUAUUACUAUAAAAACAUAUGCGAUAGGGCUGAAAGGUGAUCGAAAUUCUGCAUGUCCCAGCGCCCAAAAUUACUAUUGUUGUUCCUAUGCUUUGUAUGCUAUGUCAUCACAGAUAAUACUUACUUUAACUCCUGUCACCUAAACGAUGUCCUUGACUUUCAAACAUAUGCUUGCUUGUUAUUUUCUGCAGCUCUGGUGUACCAUGUUCCACAGUUUCUGGAAAGAUGUGGCUCCAUUUCUAUUUUCAAUUGUCAGCCAGUUGAAAAGAAGAACCACGAGAAAUCGCGAAUGUUCCAUCGAGCAACACAAAAAGGAGGGAGAAACUCGCACUAAACAAGGCGAGUUAUGGAAAAGGAGAACAGGAAAAUUUUUGCAAGUGUAAACGAUUUGUAUCGAACCAAGCGUAUGUAUCAGAAGACAUACAACGAUGAAGACAGGAAUGAAAGUGCAGGCAGCAUAAGAAUGUAUGACAUUAAUGAUAUUGAAGAAGGUUGAGGUUUAUUUACCAAGACAUAUACUGACAAUAAUUUACAAAGUGAAAUGAUUCUACAAAAGAGUUGUUCAAACAGGAUUCAAAGCACUUAACUACAGUUAUGUAACAAGAAAGUUCCCGAAACAAUGUUAUAUUUGCUUUCAAAAAACAAACACACCAAGUAGAUAUAUUUUAAAAGUAUUGUAUAUAUUCUAGGGUCUAAGUUCUUUGUAGGUUCUUAACAGUACUUUUACAAACAACACAGCAAGCUAGUUUUUAUAUUAAGGUCAAUUGCUAAAAACUCAGUUUGCUACAAAAUAUAUUUCAACAAAGUUCAUAAAAAGAGUUUAUAAUAUAUUUUUUAAUAUCUGCUUGAGCAAAGUCUGAUUCACAGAUUAAUACAGCUGAAAAAAUUAGUUUAUAGCAGUCAAGGAAAAACAUUAAGUAAAUGAAAAACAAUAUACUCUUACUGCUGAUUCAAGUUUUUUUGAGAAAAAUAUUUUUACCUCAUGUUUCAGAUUAUAUAUGAAAGAUAACAGUGGAAAAAUGUAGCUUAAUUAAGAUAUUUAAUAUUAAGUUAGCUUCAGCAAAAUAAAAUCUUGUGUACAAAGCCCAUGUGAAUACUCAAAUAGUCUAUCGCGAAAAGGUUUGUGGUUAUAGACCGUAUUAAGGAACAAAUUUACUUUUUUAUUUAAGUUAUUUUAUAAAAGAACAACGAACAUGGUACAUUUUAUGUUAAGCUUUAGGGAUAAAUAAAAUAAAAGGUGGGUUCAAAUAUGAAAAGCACAAGAGGCAGCUGGAUGCGAGUUUUGUCUUAAAAUCGCCGCAAGUUUGAACCCUGCAUGUUUUUUCUCUUGGCCUAGUACGCAUGCGUUUACACUUUCUUCGAGGGAGCCCUAAGUCACCAAGGUUACUAGAGAGGGGAAGGGACUCUUUUUUUCUCUCGUUUUACAGCAUUAAAUCAGCUUCCCUCUUUCGAUUUACAAGGUAUUUUACAAUCAAGUUUAUUGUGAAGAAAUCUUGACCGGAGAAAAAUGUCCAGCUUUGCCUUGCUAUACUGAGGAUCAAAAGAAAAAACUUGAAUGCCCGUGCCUGGAAAUUCUUAUCUUUGCCUACAACGGCAAUAAACUCAACAAGUUGAGUACUUGAGUUUCAGAUUCACAAUUUCAACAUGCUUCUGGACCAGAACUUAAAUAGGAAUGCUUAACCUUAAAAGCUUUCACAAGGUUUCAUACAACAAUGCAUGAACACAACUUAUGUUUAUACACUUAUAUUCUUGGUGGUCGUGUUUGUGUAACCUUAUCCAGGAGGAUGUAAGCCACUAAAGAAGCCUUGGAAUUAUAUUUAAGAAAGUUUGUUAAGCGGAGGUGUGUAUACCAUUUAAUAAAAGAGGAUUUAUCUCCAUUAUCUGGCCAGACUGCUGGAAGAAGAGCUAAACUAACAAAAACAGCAAUGAAGAAUGAAUCUCCAAAAGAGGCAGCCCCUACAUAUUUGUGUAAGAGAUGCAGCAUGUUAGGACAAUGGGCAAAGAAUUACACAAAUUCAUCAUUCACCACAGGAAUAGCUUGCAAAGCAGGAAUGCUACAAAUGUGGAAUAAAGGGCCAUUUAUCUGCAGAAUGUUCUAA